AUGCGCGUCGGCUUCCUGGGACUUGGGGUCAUGGGCGUGCCUAUGGCAUUGAACCUAUCCCGCAAAUUCCCUCUGACCGUUUGGAAUCGAAGCUCAUCCAAAUAUCCUCUUUUGACCCAAGCGGGCGCAAAGAUUGGCGAAACACCAUCCAACGUUGUGGAAUGCUCCGAGAUCAUCUUUUCUAUGUUGUUUGAUGGUGCUGCAAUCAAAGCUAUCCUCGACGACGACUUCAAGCGAGCCAUGCGGGGCAAGAUACUCGUCAACAGCAGUUCCGUGACAGUCGAAUGCAGCCAAUACCUGGCGGAGCAGAUCAAUCAAGCCGGCGGCCAAUUCAUCGAAAUGCCUGUCAGCGGCAGCAAAGUUCCCGCAGAGCAAGGUCAACUGGUCGGCAUGCUCGCCGGCGACCCUGAAGUCGCGGAGCGGGUCAAGCCGAUCGUGGAGCCCAUGACGAAGGCUGCAAUCUUCUGCGGGCCGAUCGGAUCUGGCCUUAAGACGAAGUACUCCACCAAUCUCUUCCUGAUCUCCAUGACCGCCGGCCUGGCCGAGGCCAUGAGCCUUGCGCAGGCGCAGGGGCUAAACCUGGAAACCUUCGGACAGGUGCUUGAUGCGGGCCCGAUGUCGUCUGCGUAUUCCAGGUUAAAGAUCGCCAAGAUCAUCCACCAGGACUGGUCUGCCCAGGCCGCCAUUAAGGAUUGCUACAACAGCACACGGCUUAUCCAUUCAGCCGCGCAGGAAGCCGGUAUCCGCUCGCCUAUGAUCCAGCUCUGCGAAUCGUUGUACAAAGAAGCGAACGAGUCCGGACUCAGUGAAGAGGACAUGAUUGCUGUUCAUAAACUAACGCAGUUGGCGAAGCGCUGA